GGAGAUUACCAAUAAUCAGUGAAACCAAAAGAGUACCUGGACCCGUGCAUUUUGGGUUACCGCAAAAACUUCUGCAUCCGCAGUGCAGUACAGUGUGUGUGUUUGUGUGUGUCUGGUCGACGUCACUUUGCUACAGUCUGCGGAAAAGCCUGAGAGCAAGCGAGCAGUAGUUUACUUCCUCGAUCGACGGAAUCACAGAAAGAGUAACCAAAGGGAAGACAAGAAGAAGAAAAGUCACGAAACAAGAAAUAAUCCACACGUUUGCAAGACGAGGUGGCCCAGUGACACGUCACCAUGGCGCCCUUCUUGCGGAUCGCCUUCAACUCCUACGACCUGGGUGUGCUGUCUCCGCUGGCCCCUUCUGAUCCCCCCUUCUGUGCCAUCAAGAUGAAGGAGGCCCUCACCACUGAGCGUGGUAAGACCCUGGUUCAGAGGAAGCCCACCAUGUUCCCAGCCUGGAAGGCCAGCUUCGACGCCCACAUCUACGAGGGGCGUGUCCUGCAGGUGCUGCUGAUGAAGACUGCUGAGGAGCCAUUGGCCGAGGUCACAGUGGGUGUGUCCGUCCUUGCAGAACGCUGCAAAAAGGCCAACGGCCGUGCUGAAUUUUGGGUGGACCUGCAGCCCUCAGGGAAGGUGAUGAUGGCAGUGCAGUUCUUCUUGGAGGGAGCAACUGAUACAGAGGGCAAGCUGCCCACGAAGGAGGAGGAAGGGGGGCCCACCAUAAACCGCAGACGAGGAGCCAUCAAACAGGCCAAGAUCCACGAGGUCAAAUGUCACGAGUUCAUCGCCACCUUCUUCAGACAGCCAACCUUCUGCUCCGUCUGCAGAGAGUUUGUCUGGGGCCUCAACAAGCAAGGCUACAAGUGCAGACAAUGCAAUGCAGCCAUCCACAAGAAAUGCAUCGACAAGAUCAUCGGCAGGUGUACGGGCACAGCCGCCAACAGCCGGGACACUGUGUUCCAGAAGGAGCGUUUUAAGAUUGACAUGCCACACCGCUUCAAGAACCACAACUACAUGAGUCCCACCUUCUGUGACCACUGUGGCAGUCUGCUGUGGGGCCUGGUCAAACAGGGCCUCAAGUGUGAAGAUUGUGCCAUGAAUGUGCAUCAUAAGUGUCAGGAUAAAGUGGCCAACCUUUGUGGAAUCAACCAGAAACUACUAGCUGAAGCACUUACUCAAGUCAGCCAGAAAUCCUCCACUCGGCGCUCGGACCCAACCCUACCUGACCCAGAUAUAGGGGUCUAUGAGGAAGUCAAUAUGAACUCCAUUGGUGGUCUGGAUGACGGCCCCCCCUAUGCCAGGCUGUGGGAGGGCUCAAACCCGCACCCCCCAUCUCGCCUCACCCACCUGACACGCAUCAACGUAGACAACUUUGUCUUUCACAAGGUCCUGGGCAAGGGCAGCUUUGGCAAGGUCCUGCUGGCAGAGUUGAAAGGUCAGGGCGAGUGGUUUGCGGUGAAGGCUCUGAAGAAAGACGUAGUGCUGAUGGAUGAUGAUGUGGAGUGUACCAUGGUGGAGAAGAGAGUCCUGGCCUUGGCCUGGGACAACCCCUUCCUCACACACCUCUACUCCACCUUUCAGUCCAAGGAACACCUGUUCUUUGUCAUGGAGUAUUUGAAUGGAGGAGACCUGAUGUUCCAUAUUCAGGAGAAGGGACGCUUUGACCUCUACAGAGCAACGUUCUACUCUGCUGAGAUCAUCUGUGGCCUUCAGUUUCUGCACUCCAAAGGGAUCAUUUACAGAGACCUGAAGUUGGACAAUGUGAUGUUGGAUCAUAGCGGUCACGUAAAGAUAGCAGACUUUGGCAUGUGUAAGGAGAACGUGUUUGGGGAGAACCAGGCCACAACCUUCUGUGGGACUCCUGACUACAUCGCUCCAGAGAUCCUGCUGGGUCAAAAGUACUCCUUCUCUGUGGACUGGUGGUCGUUUGGAGUGCUGCUGUACGAGAUGCUGAUUGGCCAGUCCCCCUUCCAUGGUGAUGACGAGGAAGAGCUGUUUGAGUCUAUCCGUAUAGACACGCCCCACUACCCUCGCUGGAUCACCAAGGAGGCCAAGGACCUGAUGGAGAAGCUGUUUGAGAGAGACUCCACUCGCAGGCUAGGCAUCGUGGGUAACAUCCGUGUCCACCCCUUCUUCAAGACCAUCAGCUGGCCCGCCCUCGAGAAAAGGGAGGUGGAACCCCCUUUCAGACCCAAAGUGAAAGCCCCCAAUGACUGCAGCAACUUUGACAGGGAGUUCCUCAGUGAGAAGCCUCGCCUCUCCCAUGGCGACAAGAACUUCAUGGAUUCCAUGGACCAAUCAGCUUUCGCCGGCUUCUCCUUCAUCAAUCCAGAGAUGGAGCACCUCUUGGAAAAGUGACGGAGGGUGAAGCCAGGGUUACAUUACCACUGUUUUAGGGUCAGUUCGUCAAGGUGUCCUCAUUCAUGUGAUCAAACCCUCAACUUGAGUGAGCUGUUCUACGUUCAGUAUUUGUGACUGUAAUAGAAGUACAAGUUUCCUCCUCUGGUACUUACUUAGAGAAAUAAUAAGAGUUAAACUUAUACAGUAAUUGGCCUCUGUUGUACAGAUAGGUGUUAUUGUUUUUGUGUGCAUGCUAGAGUGUCCAGGUGUACGUGGAGGCCUUCUAUUUUAAUGGUCAGACUUGUAUUGUGUGUGUGUGUGUGUGUGUGUGUGUGUGUGUGUGUGUGUGUGUGUGUGUGUGUGUGUGUGUGUGUGUGUGUGUGUGUGUGUGUGUGUGUGUGUGUGUGUGUGUGUGUGUGUGAAAGGGAAUGUAAAUGCAAAUGCAGGGGUUUUGUGUGAAUGAGCUGUCUGCAUGUAUAAAGAGACCUCAUACCAACACCAACCACCUCUCAAUCUCAACAACCUCUGAAUGUGUGUCACAUAUUCUUGAAAGAUUAACUGAAUCAAAGUUUUCAGUUCAUCACUGCAUGGGGAGCCCUUGCAUCUAUUGGCCAAGUACGAGGGAGUUGUGGUCUGUGUGGUCAAUUGGACUGUUUGCCAUAAGAAGACCAAGUUCAGACUGAGCAACUACAGGUACCCUGCCAUUUCAUGUAGCCUCAUCUGGGACAGGGACAGAUUUGGUGUAAGUGAAUAAGUGCUUAUUGUGUAUGAUGCUACAUGAAUGUCUUUAUUUGACAUUGACAUAGCAAGAUUCUGUAUAUAGAUCUAUAUGUAUAUUGUUGUUACGUAUAUUAUUGGUGCGCUAAGGAUUCACAUUUUUUACUGUCUCCAUCUUUUACAUCUUAAUAAAAAAUCAUAAACUCCCAGUGUCUUCAGUCACUCUUCAAGUGUUACUCAGUCUGUGAUGACCAUAUAAAACACAGUGAGUGAUGUUUUAUAAACCACACUCUCACUGAACUAAUGAAGAAAUAUUAUUAUACUAUUAGCGAGAUUAUCCAAUCAAAUACCUUUGCUUUCUGCAAA